UAGAGCGCUGAGCCUGCGCGCUUGGAAAAUGGCUUAAACGCAGGCCAUCUCAAACAAAGAUCGAGGAUUUCAGAUCAAGUGAACUACCUGUUGGAGCGACAGUGAAAAAGGACCCUUACCGGAGCGGUACUGAAACAGGACUCUUCCUGGAACUCCUGCUACCUGAAUGUACUAAACGCAGUGGAACUAGAACUGCAGCGGAAACAUUUAAAGACCAUGACGCUGAACGAGAGCGACGCCACCCGCCUAGAACUGACGCGCAACUUCCUGGAGCUGUCCCGCAAUCCGGAAACAUGUACCGCCCUGCGCAGCUCGGACUGCAUCCAACUGCUGGUGCAGAUCCUCCACGCGAACGACGAAGGUCUCUCCACGGCGCGAAAAUACGCCAGCCAGGCGCUUCACAACAUCGUGCACAGCCACCCGGAGGAAAAGGAGCGCCAGCGGGAGGUGAAGAUGCUGCGACUGCUGGACCAGAUCCUUGACUAUUGCAACUUCCUGCGCACGCAGCUGCAAAGCGGGGGCGAGGCCAUAGCUGAUGAUGAGGAUCGGCAUCCCCUGGCGGCCAUGAAGCUAUUGAUGAAAGCCAGCUUCGACGAGGAUCACCGGCAAACCAUGUGCGAACUAGGGGCCCUUAAGGCGAUCCCCAACCUGGUUCAUCUCGAUCAUGCGGUCCAUGGACCAGCGGCUGCGGGCAGGGAACAGUGCAACGCUUUGAGGAGCUACGGCCUCAUGGCCCUCACGAAUCUCACCUUCGGGGAUGAGAACGUCCACAACAAGUCAUACUUGUGCGGCCAGCGUCAAUUCAUGGAGGUGGUCAUCGCCCAGCUAAACACGGCUCCAGAUGAACUGCUUCAGGUCCUUGCUGGAGUGCUUCGCAAUCUCUCUUGGCGCGCAGACAAACAUAUGAAGACUAUCUUCAACGAGCUCGGUACAGUGACAUCCUUGGCCCGGGCAGCCAUGCAAAACAAAAGCGAAAAUACCCUGAAAGCCAUACUCUCUGCCCUCUGGAAUCUGUCGGCGCACUGCAGUACGAACAAAGCGGAGUUCUGUGCUGUGGACGGCUCACUGGCGUUUCUGGUGGGAAUGCUCAGCUACGAGGGUCCGAGUAAAACACUUAAGAUAAUUGAAAAUGCGGGAGGCAUACUGCGGAACGUUUCCAGCCACAUUGCUGUGUGUGAGCCCUACCGCCAAAUCCUGCGCCGACACAAUUGCCUGGCCAUUCUGUUGCAGCAGUUAAAGUCGGAGAGUCUCACCGUGGUUAGCAACUCCUGCGGCACUUUAUGGAACCUCUCGGCCCGCUGUCCCGAGGAUCAGCAGUACCUCAUCGACCACAAUGCUAUUCCCCUGCUGCGCGUCUUGAUCAGCUCCAAGAACUCCAUGAUUGCCGAGGGCAGUGCCUCGGCUUUGAAGAAUCUAGUAAACUUUAGAGCCACUUUGGAGCUUAUGCCCAAUGGAGAUGGUGGCUCCCUGCCGCUGGACAAGGAGUCAGGCCAUGGUGGUACCCUACCGCGCAGGUUCAGCUCACUGCGACUCAGCUCCAAUCCUACAGGAUCGCUGAAAAAGGUACGACCAACAACAGUGAGCACGACUGGUUUCCUCAACAGAAAGUGUGAGAGUCGGGAGUCCGUUUACUCGGGCAAAUCCGACUCCACUAAAUACUCAACCAAGUCGGAGGGAGCCAAGAAUGCAUUUGAGAUUGUCACACCUACAGAGGAACAGCCAAUUGACUACUCCAUGAAGUACAUGGAGCACAAACCCAAUAGCAGUAAGACCUUUGAUAUUGACUUGGACCAGCCCACAGAUUUUAGUGCUAGAUAUAAGGAAAGACGAUCCGCUCAGUUGGCACAGCCAGAGCUGAAGACGGAGACUGAUGAGAUAAGGAACAAUGAGUUGCAACUGGCCAAGUCCUCAUCGGCCACGGAGCUGCGAAAUGGUCCAGGAAAUGUGACGGUUUCGGCAUCCAAGCAGAAACUUACCACCGAAGCGGAGACGGAGACAGCAGAGCGACCGAUCAACUACUGUGAGGAGGGAACCCCCGGCAGCUUCAGUCGCUUCGAUUCCCUCAACAGCCUGACUGAAAAACCGGAAAAGUGUUCGGCUCCGAAGACGCCAACGAAGCCCACAAUUCAGCCGGGACAACUGGACAACCGGAAUACGUCCCAAAACAUUGACUCUGCUCUGGAAACUCCACUAAUGUUCUCGCGUCGCAGCUCGAUGGACUCAUUGGUAGGCGAUGACGAGACCAUUGCCUGCGAGGAUAAUGGAUCCGUGAUCAGCGAGUACAGCCGGAUGCAAAGUGGCGUCAUAUCUCCCUCGGAGCUGCCCGAUUCGCCCACCCAGAGUAUGCCGCAGUCGCCGAGAAGGGAUCGAAAGGUGCCCAUUCAAAAUAACUCUGAGACUCCUGACCGGAAGUCUGGCAAUGUGUUCGAGGACAAGCUAAACAGAUUCCACGUAGAGCACACGCCUGCCGCCUUUUCCUGUGCCACCAGUCUUAGUAACCUGAGCAUGUUGGAUGACUCCAAUGCAAACGCCAUUCGAGAACAGCGUACAAAUGACAUUAACGGAAAUGGAGACGCUCCUCGUAGCUAUUGUACGGAGGACACUCCGGCUCUGCUUUCCAAGGCGCCCAGCAACAGCGAUUUGUCCAUUCUGUCCAUACCGAACGAUUUGAAUGCCAAUGAAGAACCGCCAGUGCCAGCGCCACGAGCAGAUGUGCCCGGCCUGGACUCUCGGAUUCCGGCUGAAGAUGCCAUUUCCAAGAUGCGCUGCGGCGCAUUACCCAGUUAUCUGCCAGUGUCGGAUGAGAUGAGCAAGUACUAUGUAGAGGAUAGUCCCUGCAACUUUUCGGUGAUCUCUGGCCUCUCCCAUCUUACGGUGGGCUCUGGACGAGCAGGACCGGUUACAAAACUUCCCAUGAGGGCUUCGGAGCCACAGGCAGAGGCACCCAAGUUGCCUCCCAGACGGAGUGCAGUUCAAAAUGAAGCAGAGCCAUGUCUACCGCCCAAGAGAAGCGACUCGCUGAGCUCGCUAUCCAUGGACUCGGAUGAUGACUGCAAUCUACUCAGUCAGGCUAUUGCGGCAGGAAGCUGUCGGCCACAACCCAGUGGUGCUAGCACUAGUUCCAGCCUGGCCAAUGCCAGUACCAGCACUCUGACCAGGACAAAUGGGCAAAAAAAACAGCCGGAGGAGGGCGAUAAACCGAGCUACAGCUCGGAUGACUCGCUGGACGACGAGGACGACGAUGCGAGGUCCAAGUCGCUCUUUGAGCAGUGCAUCCUCAGCGGCAUGCACAAGUCCAACGACGCUUUGGAGUCGGAGGGAGAACCGCCGGGGCAGCGGCAGGAGAUGAGUGCCCGGGAUAGGUUUGUCAGCAACCAGGUGCGCCAGAUUGAGUCCAUGUUAGCCGGACGCCAGCACUAGCAUCGGGUGUGUGGUUAAGUGAGAAGCGCAUGCGUUUGUUUGGUGGCUUUUAAUCUUGUCUAUGCAAUAAUAUUCUCACGGUCUCAAUUUUCCUAUAGUUCAGAUUAAAAAUUUGCACUUAAAUUUAA